GAACAUCUCUCUCAGUUAUUCCUCUUCUCUCUCUCUCUCUCUCUUCUUUAUACACAGUGCAAUCUGUAUCCGUUGCGCUUUCCCACUUUAAUUCGCGGCACCGGAUUCACCUUUCCUUAACGCUCACCGACUCCGAAGAAAUUUUCAAAUGCUGGGACCGUAAUCACCUUCUCUCCUUCUUCUUCACACAGUCUCUCACAUUCCAAUCUAGCUGCCGGAGAAAAUGGCGGUUUCCGGCGAUAAUCAAAGCUCUACCGGUUUUUUUAGCUCAAAAACUCCAAUACUAGGACUUCCACUCUAUGUCGUAAUCGCAGCCACGGUUGCCAUUAUGGUUACGGUCUUCUUCCUGAUCUUCCUGUUUCUCCGUUUGAAUCGGCCUUCCAGGAGACGUCGAGUUCUCGUGGAGCAGGGCUCUAGGUUGUUGCCGUUGGUGAAGAAGGAGAUAUCCGAAAUCGGAACUCGCGACCGUGGUCAGAUUGGUAGAACAGAUGCGUUUGCGGAUAAGGUGAAAGAGACGAAAGGUUUGAGAGUAGAUGCGCAGAAAGUUAGUGCAAUUGAGUCUGAGGAGAUAAAAGGGAGUUCAGGGAGCGGGUCCAGUACGAGUCGGAGCGAGUCAUCAUCGGCUCUGUCAUCGUCUACUGACGGCUCGAACAUCGGGUGGGGCAGGUGGUACAGUUUGAGAGAGCUUGAGAUGGCGACCAACAGAUUCUCGACCGACAAUGUGAUCGGUGAAGGAGGAUAUGGUGUUGUAUAUAGAGGUGUUUUACCCGACGGUUCUGUAGUGGCGGUGAAGAGUCUGCUAAACAACAAGGGCCAGGCAGAAAAGGAGUUCAAGGUGGAAGUGGAGGCCAUUGGCAAAGUAAGACAUAAAAACCUUGUUGGUCUGCUUGGUUAUUGUGCUGAAGGCACCCAAAGGUUACUUGUGUAUGAGUAUGUUGAUAAUGGCAAUUUGGAGCAGUGGCUACAUGGUGAUGUAGGGCCUGUUAGCCCUCUAACCUGGGAUAUUCGGAUGAAAAUUGCAAUUGGGAUUGCUAGAGGACUUGCCUAUUUGCAUGAAGGUUUGGAACCCAAAGUUGUACAUCGUGAUGUAAAGUCGAGUAAUAUUCUCUUGGAUAGAAAAUGGAAUGCCAAAGUAUCAGAUUUUGGGCUCGCCAAGCUGCUAGGACCAGAGAAAAGCUAUGUGACCACCCGUGUUAUGGGAACCUUUGGAUAUGUUUCACCUGACUAUGCCAGUACUGGAAUGCUUAAUGAGGGCAGUGAUGUGUAUAGUUUUGGUGUUUUGCUCAUGGAAAUUGUUACAGGAAGAAGUCCGGUUGAUUAUUCCAGACCACCUGGAAAGAUGAACUUAAUUGACUGGUUUAAAGGAAUGGUAGCAAAUCGCCAGGCAGAGGAAUUGGUUGAUCCCCUAAUUGAAGUUCACCCUCCUCCAAGAGCCCUCAAACGGGUAUUGCUGGUUUGCCUUCGGUGUAUAGAUAUGGAUGCCAACAAGCGACCAAAGAUGGGACAAAUAGUCACUAUGCUAGAGGCUGAUGAAUUCCCUUUCCGUUCUGAGCAUCGUUCCUCCAGAGAAACUGCUCCUCUCCAUCCACGUGCCCCUGGGGUAAUAAAAGAGACCAGUUAACUCUCAAGAACGCAGUGGCUGAUGAUGAGGAACAAAAAUCUGGCAAUAGAUGAUAAUUUGGGAAAGGGUGGUGGUAUACGAGUUUUGUAGUGAAUUUAAUAUAUAUGUAUAUUCUUUGCAGCAGUUUUUCAGUAAUCCCUCCCCAUUGUGUUACAGUAAAAACAAAUAUUUGUAUCUUGAUCUGUGUUAUAAAGCGUCGUCUCAGUAGGGUGAAAUCUUGUUGAUAUAAGCUUAGUUACAUUACAGUUCUUUCCAAGGCCAAUAAAAUAUAGUAUAUUCUUUA